UCCCCUUGCUGCGGCCAGAUAGAUCGGUUAUUGCAUCGCUCGCGCGCUCGCUCCUGUGGUUGUGGCGGUGUCGGUUUCCUGGGACGUGGUGCCGUAUGGGCGCAUUUCUCGGCUCUUGCACGCUCGUGGUUUUGUGCUGCUUCUUGCUCGGUGCUUGCUCUUUCUGAUGCGCCCGUUGGGAUCUUCUCGCUUUGGUGCUUCGUGGAUAUGCUUUCCUCGGUUUGAUCUGAUGGUGGUAUGUUAUGUGAUCAGAUGGUGGUGGUUUUGUUUUGCGAUUAUACUUCUCUUCUUGCUCCUUGAUUACUUUGCAGUUCUUUUCCUAGACAGGAUGAGUGUCUUUGUGUUCUUUUCUUGAUUUUUUUCCGGCCUUUCCCCCCCUUUUCUGUGUGCAUUUCGGUGUUCUUGAAUGCUCUUUGCAACUGCUACUAGGACAGCAUUUUCUUAUUGGUAUUACGCUAUUAUUUGAGAUUUUUUGGCGAGUUAUCUCAUUUUGGAUCUACUCCAUUUGUUCUGGAUAGGAUUAUUUCCUCGGUUUGUGGUGUUCGUUUUUCUUUCUUUUUCGGCGUCCCUUUCUUCUUUUGUUGAGUUCGCUAAACAUGUCGCGGCACUACAACAUUGUUGCCUUUUACCCACCUGCUCUCUGUGAGGAUAGUUGCCCAUCUGAGACACAGUUCUACUUCCAUGGCUGAAGAAGCUGAUGGAAACAUCCAAACGGGGCCAAGAUUCCCCCCUGCUGCUCUCAAUGAGCGUAUUCUUUCUUCCAUAUCCCAAAAGCAUGUUGCUGCUCACCCAUGGCAUGAUCUGGAGAUAGGACCAGGGGCUCCUGAAGUUUUCAACUGUGUGAUUGAAAUUCCUAGAGGCAGCAAGGUUAAGUAUGAGUUGGACAAGGGAACUGGUCUAAUCAAGGUUGAUCGUGUCCUUUACUCCUCUGUUGUUUACCCACACAACUAUGGUUUCAUUCCACGUACACUCUGUGAGGAUAGCGACCCCAUGGACGUCCUCGUCCUGAUGCAGGAGCAAGUUGUCCCUGGGUGUUUCCUGCGAGCUCGUGCUAUUGGACUCAUGCCUAUGAUUGAUCAGGGCGAGAAAGAUGAUAAGAUCACUGCUGUCUGUGCUGAUGACCCUGAAUUUCGUCACUACACGGACAUCAAGGACCUUCCCCCGCACCGCCUUCAAGAGAUCCGUCGCUUCUUUGAAGAUUACAAGAAGAAUGAAAACAAAGAGGUUGCAGUGAAUGAGUUCCUCCCAGCAAAAGCUGCCAUCGAUGCAAUCAAGUACUCAAUGGACCUAUAUGGCUCGUACAUCAUUGAAGGUUUGAGGAAGUAAUCUCCAGCUGAUCAAUUGCAGAUGCUACAUGAUUUGCUUUUCUGCUUAUUGAUACCACGAGUGCACGAUAUGUUAACAUGCAUGAACUGAAAACAAUGACCUAGGGAUAUCACCUGCUCUUCAUGUUGAGACGAGCAACAGUGCUUUUUUUCUUUCCACUAUAUGCCCUGCCCAAGCACUUGACCCUUACUGAAAUCUUUGCCGUCAAACCGACACUUGACUGAUAGAAAAUCGCUGUUAAAUAAAUGACAUUUGCUUAACUUCA